AUGCUUACACCAGGAACACCCUUAUUAGCAUUUACAAAUCCAUGUAAUACACACCCAGUAUACUUUCAAGUGGCCUGGCUUUAUACAGCGCAAUCAACUAACGAAACUAUUUCAUUUGGACUUCGAAAUGAUCCAGCCUCAACAUCUGUUGAUGAUGUCUCAGUAAUGAAUGGAACACAACAAUUAUUGACAAAUGGUGGAUUUGAAACUGGUUCACUAUCGCCUUGGCAAGGUGCUGCUCAUGUAGGGGCAGGUAAUCCACAUUCGGGUACCUAUUCAUAUAACGAUGGAGUUGUCGGCAGUCUGGAUUAUGUUUAUCAGACAUUUCAAACUGUACCCGGUACUCUGUUAAAUAUCAGUUUUUGGAUUUCAUGGGGUGGCUCUGGUCCACUUGUUCAAACCAACAUAACCAUAUACCCGUCAGCAACAACGGCAACAACAACAAUAGUGACGACAACAACAACCCCAAUUUCAACAACCGCACCGUGUUGGACUCCUUCAGGGCCAACAGGUAAUACGAUGCUUACACCAGGAACACCAUUAUUAGCAUUUACAAAUGCAUGUAGUGCAAUCCCAGUGUACUUUCAAGUAGCCUGGCUUUAUACAGCAGAAUCAACUACCGAAACUAUUUCAUUCGGACUUCGAAAUGAUCCAGCCUCAACAUCUGUUGAUGAUGUCUCAGUAAUGAAUGGAACACAACAAUUAUUGUCAAAUGGUGGAUUUGAAACUGGUUCAUUAUCUCCUUGGCAAGGUGCUGCUCAUGUAGGAGCAGGUAAUCCAAAUUCGGGUACCUAUUCAUAUAACGAUGGAGUUGUCGGCAGUCUGGAUUAUGUUUAUCAAACAUUUCAGACUGUACCCGGUACUCUGUUAAAUAUCAGUUUUUGGAUCUCAUGGGGUGGCUCUGGUUCACUUGUUCAAACCAAUAUAACCAUAUAUCCAUAA